UAUUAUGUACAUCUAUACUAUUAUAUACCUGAUCAAAAAUUGUUUCAUAUCAAAAGACAUAUCAGAAAGAAGAAGUCAAUAGUGAUUGUGAUAUUUUUUAAAGAUUCACGGCUUAUCGCACAUCAAAUUCACGAUUCGGGAAAAACACUUUUAACUCUGUAACAGCUAAUUAUUGAAACAUAUUCUGUAAACAAUACGAAUAAUAACGUAUUGUUAUGUUAAUAAUAUUAUUUAAAUAUAAUAAAAUAAUUCAUAAACGUAUGGUGUGCCAUUUACAGUGGAUUGUAGUUUAAACUGAUAAAUACGUGUGCAAUAAAAGUGAAAGAACAUGUCCUUAAAAGCGAAAUGUUUGAUACCUCUCUGUCUUUCGGCGUGUUUUACUGCGUCGCUGGGCCAGGCGUUGAGCGGUAUGGCUACCCCAAUUUCAGCGCUUCUUCAGACAGCUCCUACAAUCCCUGUUGCGCCCGUUACUACAGUUCCUGCUGCAUCCGGCGCCUCACCUUCGACUGCAUCUAGUGCUCCAAUUACAGCUGCACCAGGUGCCCCAACCGCUGCUGCAGCAGAUGCUUCGACCACAGCCGCGCCCGGUGCGUCUACCACAGCUGCACCUGGUGCCUCCACCACAGCUGCACCCGGUGCAAUAACCACAGCUGCACCUGCCGUUACAACCACAGCUGCACCAGGUGCCCCAACCGCUGCUGCAGCAGAUGCUUCGACCACAGCUGCACCAGGUGCUUCAACCACAGCUGCACCGGGUGCCCCAACCGCUGCUGCACAAGAUGCUUCGACCACAGCCGCGCCCGGUGCGUCUACCACAGCUGCACCUGGUGCCUCCACCACAGCUGCACCCGGUGCAAUAACCACAGCUGCACCUGCCGCUACAACCACAGCUGCACCAGGUGCCCCAACCGCUGCUGCAGCAGAUGCUUCGACCACAGCUGCACCAGGUGCUUCAACCACAGCUGCAACAGGUGUUUCAACUACUGCCGCACCUGGUGCCUCUACCACAGCUGCACCAGGUGCUUCAACCACAGCUGCACCGGGUGCCCCAACCGCUGCUGCACAAGAUGCUUCGACCACAGCCGCGCCCGGUGCGUCUACCACAGCUGCACCUGGUGCCUCCACCGCAGCCGCACCCGGUGCAGUAACCACAGCUGCACCCGUUGCCUCAACCACCGCUGCACCCGGUGCCUCAGUUCCUGUGCCCGCCGUUGCACGCCCCACUGCAGCCCGGGUUCCCCCUUUAAGAGGACUAAUGCAAGGAUUUGUGAACAACAUUAUGGUGUGAAAUAAACACAUUGUGAACAAACAA